CGCAGCUUUGUCUCGGUACAGUAUGAGUAACAUGACGUCAUGAAAAGGAGAGACUCGGAGAGCGAGAGAGGCGCGCAGGCGUACUAGCAGAGCCUCUGUGCAGCUGUCAAGCCCUCCUUGCUGCGCAGCCCUCGGUACAGUACAUCCUAGCACAAACCCGGCGUGCCCGUGCAGCAAAGCAAAGCAACGCAACGUACACCACUCAUCCCGGGUCCGCUGACUCACGCUGAAACCCGCAUCAUGUCCGCAGGAGGCGACUUUGGGAACCCCUUAAGAAAAUUCAAACUGGUCUUUCUGGGAGAGCAAAGUGUUGGAAAGACGUCUCUGAUUACAAGGUUCAUGUACGACAGUUUUGAUAACACGUACCAGGCAACAAUUGGAAUAGACUUCUUAUCAAAAACCAUGUACUUGGAAGACCGAACAUUGUUGGAACACCAGGUGCGACUGCAGUUAUGGGACACGGCAGGCCAGGAGCGCUUCCGAAGUCUGAUUCCCAGUUAUAUCCGAGACUCGACUGUGGCAGUGGUCGUUUAUGAUAUCACGAACAUAAAUUCAUUCCAGCAAACUUCCAAAUGGAUUGAUGAUGUCAGAACAGAAAGGGGAAGUGAUGUCAUCAUUAUGCUAGUUGGCAACAAAACAGAUCUGGCAGAUAAGAGGCAAAUUACAAUUGAACAAGGAGAAAAGAAAGCCAAAGAACUGAACGUCAUGUUUAUUGAAACAAGUGCCAAGACAGGCUACAAUGUGAAACAGCUUUUCCGACGUGUUGCAGCCGCACUCCCUGGGAUGGAGAGCAUGCAAGAGAAGAGCAAAGAAGGCAUGAUCGACAUCAAGUUGGACAAACCACAGGAGCCUCAAGCCAGUGAAGGAGGGUGUUCGUGUUAAUACAGAACGGGAUUGGACAGCUCCAUCUAAACCACAUGCUUGUUGUGUUGCUUCCUAUUGGUUAGCUUCCAGUUGAGUUCUCAGGCUGGAAAUUUGGCCUUUCAGCCUGACUAUUGACCAUUGCUUGGAACUAGUGUUAUUUCAAAUCUUCAGUUGUAAGAUAACAUCCUUCACUAAAAAUUGCCAAAAAAACACUUGAAAAUUAAAAAAAAAAGUUAACUCAAAAUAUGUGUAUACAACCUUUUUGAAUAUCUAGAAUGGUAUAAAUUUUGUUUUGUAUUUUUGUAUACUUAAGGAAAAGCACUAAAAUGAUGCAGAAAAAAUUGCUUCCAGCUUGCUAACUACUGUAUAUACUGUACAUGUAUAUGUGUAUAUGGUGGGUGUGUGUGUUUAUUAGCACAGACACACACACACACCCUUUACAUAUAUAUAUACAUAUAGUCAUAUAUUUAUAUAUAUAUAUAUAUAUAUGUACAGAUACACAUACACAUACAGAACCAUGCACUCACACACGUCUAUUCAAUAUAUCUCUCUAUAUUUGGACCCUGUCGUACAUGAAUAUUUUUAAGAGUAUACUGUAUACCAAUUCAAACUCAGACAAUGAAAUUGCGGUUCUGGAUAUUCUGAUGUCAUCAUCGUUAGCUUGUUUACACAAAUAUGCAAAUGUAUGCAUUACAAGCAAUAUAAGUGAUUGUUUAUGCGUUGUCUCUUACCGUAUCAGCUUAAUAAUUGGCUCACACAAUCCCAAACUUUUUCCUGGCCACCCUCACACACACUAAGAAAUUUAUGAUUUAUGCAAUUAUGUAUAAUUAAUAUGAAUCAACCCAUUUCUUCAUUUACUGCCAAUUGACCCAAACCCUCAGCUCAAUACCUGCAUCCCUAUAAUAUUAUUUAUUCAAAAAUGCUGAGUUAUGACUGUGUUGUUAAGGAUGGAUUGUACUCAUGAAUUAUUCUCCUCUCCAGUAUCAUUUUAUUUUAAGUUUUUUUAGUUUGUUAACAUCAGCCAAAAAUACUCCUACCUACUCUGUCUAUCUCAAAAACAUUGUGCGUUUUUAACCAUUCCUCUAUUAACAGACAGAAAGGUGAUACUCUCUACUUAGAAAGAAUGAAUUAAGAAAGGAAUGUAUCAAAAGAUAACAUUUACUUCAUUACUUUUAAGGUUAACCUAUAAAAUAUGUGAUAAAAACACAGUGUUGGAAGAGAAAGCAUAAGUAAAAUUUCAACUUUCAUUUCAUGCAAUUCUCUCUAAUGAUGAAAUAAUUCAUUUACUUAUUGCAACAAACCUUUAUUGCACUAUUAAAAAUAUUUGUAAUAAUAAAAAUAAAAUUGUGACCUUAAUUUGUAUUCUACUAUGGUAAUGUCAUAUUCAAACAAUUGUAUAUUUCUAUAAAAAUAUCAAAGCGAAAAACAUUCCUCCUUAGGAGCCAAUCAAAGGGAGUGCAGCGAUUACAAAAUUGACUAUAAUAACUUUCAAAAUGUGGGAAAUCCGAUAAGUCACUUGGAAGAAUAACCUCACUCAGCUGUGAGGUGGCAAGGUUUUUAGUUGCUCGCUUUCAUUUUCCUCACCACUCAUCUAAAGCCCAACUCUACCUAUGCAUUCACCUUGAGGGGCUCACAAGAGUUGGAGACUGAACAGCCUGAUCUUAUACUCUCCACCAAUGAAGGUUUCCACAAAGAUCUCAGUGCAACUCCUCUUUCUUCAUACCAUCUCCAUCAAUCCAAAACUCCCUUGUAUUACAUUUACUAAAUUAUUCUUAGCAGUUCACAUUGGUGCACGUGUCUGAAAGGGGCAUAUUCCUGUUAUAUGAGCAUGGCACUGUCCAGUGACCUUUAAUUACAAAUCAGUACAUGCCACGUCUUGGCCAAGAAUUGAGAUCAUAUAUCUAGAAGCAAAUGACAGCAUAUAUAACACCUUCACCCCUCUCCUCGAGUGCAUACCUGAACAGUAUUGUCCAGUACCUUCAUGGGAUGCGUCUGUGUGUGGUGUGUUUGUGUACUGAAAUCAGAUGAUUAAAGAUUGGGUCUGGCAGUAAAAACAAACCUAAAUAAAUACAUUAACAGCUAUAGAUUGAAUGGCCAAAGCAUGCUGCAAGCCAUUUUUUAAUUGUGGGCCUUGUCUGCCAAUGUACAGGAAUUAAAUAUGUAAAAGUCACUUUUCUGCACAUACUAUAAUUGCAUCAUAAGGUAGCUUUUCUGGUGUGACAUUCCUGUAUAAAAGAAUGAAUUUGGGUAAGUAAUUUGAAUAGCUCUUUUUCUGUCAGUGGUUUUAUGUAACUGUUAUCUAAAUAUACAGAUGAUGUUGAAGCUAGUAAACCACAUUCACAAUGUACAUGACUCUUGGUACAUACUGUUUGUAAAAAAAAUUGUGGCACAGUCUCCUUGACAAAGAAUUGGUUACUGUGAAUGGACACAACUAACACUGUUUUCUUCCUAACAUAACAGCUGGUCAGUACAGUAUAAAAUAAAAUACAGCUGGCAAAAGAGGGUGUUUGUGUUCAUACAGAACAGGAAUGGAGAGCUCAUGUUCAGAAUUCCUGGUUAAAAUUUUACUUAGCAUACAUUCAUAAUCAAAAGCAAUGUCCAAACGUAGAUGGAUUUUGAAGCCAAAAGCUUAAUUUUAUAUGUAUUUGCUUAUUUAUUAAAUUAUUUAUUGUUUUAUGUUAAGCUUGAAAGGAAACUUGCAGAUUUGUUUCUGGAAUUUUCCUUUGAACAAAGGUACAGAUGACAGGAAAACAGUUUUACGCACACAGUUCUGUGGGACGUUGUGAUGGCGCUUAUGCGAUACUCAUGAGUUUCAUCAAGUUCGUUAUUCCAUGUUUCACUCAGUUGUCAUUGCCACGUUAAUGUUCUUUGUUUUUAUUUUUUUUUCCCAAAAAUGUCUUUCUUUCUUAUUUUGUACAGUAUAGGCAGGACCAGAUGUGAUGCCAGCUCUCCUUUGUGUUUCUCCAAAACCUACACCUUGGUCUAUGUUACCAUUAGCUGGGUUUUGUGCUUAAAGUAUUACGGUCUCGAUUUCAAAGCUUGAUUGUCAAAUUCUCCUAGAGACCCAUGUUUUGUCACGUUAUAAUUCAUUUUAUCCCCUGCUUAUUUAAGUUUUAGGUUUUCAAUACAUAUUUAGCUACACCAUUGUCUUUCUAUUGCCCUGUUUCUGUUCCACUUCUUUGAAAUAGUUUAUGCUUUUGUGUCACCUGUGCUGCUUGGUCAGCCUUCCGUCCAACUUUUCCUCCAGUUCCACUCAGAAUUGCUCUGCGAAGUAGUCUGCAACCAGAGGUUCAAAUGAUGGUAGAUAAGAAUGUGAGAUUUCAUUAGUGAUCAGAGAAAUGAUGGAUAAGUAGGAUCUCACUGUGGCCUAUGAAUUCUCUCUUUUACUAUUGCA